AUGUUGUACCAAUGUUGGUGUAAUCUGUUCUCCUCCUCUUUCUCACCCCCCUCUUCUUCCUUUCUUUUAGUGUCUUUAUUAAACUUUUUCUUCAUCUCCUCCUUCAUCCCUUUUGUCCCCAGUGCUGUUGUGACUCUUUUCUUUUUCUUUCUUUCUUUCUUUCUUUGUCUUUUUCACUUUAAUUUCAUUUUUUUUCUUUCAUUCUUUUUUUUUUUUUCCUUUGAUUUCUUUUCUUUCUUUUUCUUUCUUUCACUUGAUUUUCUUUCUUUCUUUCCUUUUCACUUUGUUUUUUCUUUCUUUUUCACAUUAUUUUCUGUCUUUCCUUUUUCUGUCUUUUAUUUCUUUCUUUCCCUUUCACCUUAUUUUCUUGUUUCUUUCUUUUCCACUUUAAUUUCCUUUCUUUCUUUCUUUCUUUCUUUCUUUCUUUCUUCUUCACUUUGUUUUCUUUAUUUGUUUCUUUCAUUUUUUCUUUUAUAUCUUCCUUUCCUUAUUUUUUUCCUUUUCACCUUAUUUUCUUUCUUUCUUUCUUUCUUUCUUUCUUUCUUUCUUUCUUUCUUUCUUUUUCACUUUAUUUUCUUUCUUUCCUUUUCACAUUAUUUUCUUUUUUCUUUCUUUCCUUUUCACUUUAUUUUCUUUCUUUUUCUUUCCUUUUAUUUUCUUAUAUUUCUUUCUUUCCUUAUUUCUUUCUUUUCUUUUCACCUUAUUUUCUUUCUUUCUUUCCUUUUUACUUUAUUUUCUUUCUUUCUUUUUUCUUUCUUUCCUUUUCACUUUUUUCCUUCUUUCUUUCCUUUUCACCUUAUUUUCUUUCUUUCUUUCCUUUUUCUUUCUUUCUUUCUUUUUCUCUUUAUUUUCUUUCUUUAUUUAUUUUCUUUCUUACUUUCUUUCUUUCUUUCCUUUUCACUUUAUUUUCUUUCUUUCCUUUUGCUUUCUUUUCUUUCUUUCUUUCCUUAUUUCUUUCUUUCCUUUUCACCUCAUUUUCUUUCUUUUUUUUCUUUUGCUUUCUUUUCUUUCUUUCCUUAUUUCUUUCUUUCCUUUUCACUUUAUUUUCUUUCUUUCUUUCCUUUUGCUUUCUUUCUUUCUUUUUCACUUUAUUUUCUUUCUUUCCUUUUAACCUUAUUUUUUCUUUCUUUCCUUUUUCUUUCUUUUCUUUCUUUCUUUCCUUAUUUCUUUCUUUCUUUCCUUUUCACUUUAUUUUCUUUCUUUCUUUUUUCUUUCUUUCUUUCACUUUAUUUUCUUUGUUUGUUUGUUUGUUUCUUUACUUUUCAUCUCAUUUUCUUUUUUCUUUCUUUUCUAUAUCAAUUUCUUUUCUUUCUUUCAUUCUUUCCUUUUUCUUUCUUUUCUUUCUUUCUUUCCUUAUUUCUUUCUUUCAUAUUCACUUUCUUUUCUUUCUUUUCUUUUCUUUCUUUCCUUCUUUCUUUCUUUCCUUUUUACUUUAUUUUCUUUUUUCUUUCAUUUCCACUUCAAUUUCUUUUCUUACUUUCUUUCCUUUUCACUUUAUUUUUGCAACUGCCUUUUUUCGUUCUUACGUUUUCUUUCUUCUUUCUUACCUCAAGCUUACUAAAUCUAUCUAUCUAUCUAUCUAUCUAUCUAUCUACGAAAUCAAUCCAUCAAUCAAUCUAUCUAUAUCUGUUCAUUAUCUAUCUAUCUAUCUAUCUAUCUAUCUAUCUAUCUAUCUAUAUAAAUCUGUUCAUAUCUAUCUAUCUAAAUCUGUUCAUAUCUAUCUAUCUAUCUAUCUAUCUAUCUAUCUAUCUAUCUAUCUAUCUAUCUAAAUCUAUUCAUAUCUAUCUAUCUAUCUAUCUAUCUAUCUAUCUAUCUAUCUAUCUAUCUAUCUAUCUAUCUAUCUAUCUAUCUAUCUAUCUAUCUAUCUAUCUCUGUUCAUUAUCUAUCUUCAUCUAUCUAUCUAUCUCUAUCUCUGUUCUAUCUAUCUAUCUAUCUAUCUAUCUAUCUAUCUAUCUAUGUCUGUUCAUUAUCUAUCUAUCUAUCUAUCUAUCUCUGUUCAUUAUCUAUCUAUCUAUCUAUCUAUCUAUCUAUCUAUCUAUCUAUCUCUAUCUAUCUCUGUUCAUGUAUCUAUCUAUCUAUCUAUCUAUCUAUCUAUCUAUCUAUCUAUCUAUCUAUCUAUCUAUCUAUCACAGAAACAUACACACACACAAACACGCGCGAGCCUCCCCCCAGCGCGCGCACGCACACACAUAUAAUAAUCUGUACAUUUUAACGUUCAUUUAUAUAUAA